AUGGCGGAUCAUUUUGACAACGAAGCUGGUUACACUGCACUUUUAGGCAUCGCUGACGCUUAUUUAAGAUCUGAUCCGCCCAGAAUUAGACAUUGUAUCCAUUGUUUGGAAGCUAUAUUUAGUUAUAAACUACCUCCGCCCUUCGAAGCUCACAUCAGAGUACAACUGGGGAACAUUUUGUUGAAAUAUACCGAGAAUGUCGAUUUGGCUAGAUCACACUUUGAAAGAUCGGUAUGUUUGCUCUGUGAGAUGAUUGUUUGUUUGGAACUAAAGUAAAGUUUACACUUCAAACUGUUAGUAGAAAUGUCUCAAAGAGAUGAAUUGCCCAAUGUAUAUGAUUUUUAUGAGUGUUUAAAGGGGCGAUUUUGGGCGAAUGAUUUAGAAUGAAUUUUUUGUAAAAAGCUAUGUUUAAUAAUACACAAUAUAUUUACUAACCUAAUGUUAAUUUAAUAUUUUAGGUCGCAAUCAUUCAAACUGUAUCCUUUUAUUGUACAAAUGAUUUAAUGUUUUACUUUGAUAUUGAAAUACAAAUUAGAACAUUCUUUGCUAAUAAUUAACCUAUUAACUUUAAUAAUUGCAUACCAUUCCCUAAUGCUCUGUACCUUUGUAUUUUUCUGUGUUUGUACACCAGAUUAUUUUACAGGUGAAUGGGAAGGUGCUACGUUUAGGCAUUCAUAAAUUGACUGUGUGAUACUGUAAUAAUGUCUCUUGUCCAGACUGCAGAGUAUGACAUAUCCUUAACAUAUAAUAUUUUAGCUUGGGCCUGGUUGUGAAGAGCUACUAUGCCAAGCAGUUUCUCAACUGAAAGAAAUAUUUAAAACUCUUGUAAGUUGCAGAAUAUAAUGCCAAAAAUAUGAUACAACAUACAUUCAACUAUGUUUACCUGUGGUUCCGGUUCCCGACCGACCCUAUUUUUUUCUGCCGAACCCUAUUAUUUUUUCAACGCGAUUGACCGUGCGACCCUAUUUUCUCCAGGUAGUUGCGGGCUGCUCGUACAGUGUGCCAAAAUGGCGUCUGUUGUCACACUAAUUAUUGAACCAAAUUGCCUAAAUUUGUCCAUAGGAAAUACGCAUCUCUAGUUAAUAUUGAUGUCGGGACUCUACUGCAAAUCGCCCAGCAAAAAACCGCCAAAACCAUGAAAAAAAUACUCAAAAAAAAAUUUAUUUCCGACCUACUGACCCUAAUUUUUUCACGAUUUGAAACCGGAACCACAGGUAUUUUUUUUACGCCUAAAGGUGAUGUAAAGUCUGGUAAACGUUUUGUUUUCAUUUUGAACUCAGUGCUACAGUUGUAAAAUAUGAUUAGAUAUAUAUUAUACUGAAUUUUUAACACUCUUCUGGUUUGCUAUGCUUGUAAAUUAAUACAGACUGGAGAUUCAAUUCAAGAAAGUUCGGAAGGUGCGAAAUAUUAACAACAUUCCAAUAGUCGCGUCCCGACCAUUGGAAUAUAGGCCUGCACAGAACAGACUUUACAUCACCUUUAAAAUGAUUAGUGUGUUUUGAUAAUGAGUAUAUUUUGAUAUAAUUUGCAUAAAAUACAUUUUCUUUCCAGAAUGAGCCUCGGUCGUGUAUACCCUACCUUCAGCUUGCUUUGAAAGUGACCCAAAAGUUAAAUUGUUUGCAUUUGUAUUAUCAAACUUUGUUUGAUCUUGCAGUAAGUUUAAUGAAGAGCUCUGUGUAUAAUCUGAUAAACUUGUUGUUCUACUAAAAUCAGUGCACCAAAUGUAAUUUUACUUUCAAACAGGAAAUUCAUGCGUCAUGCAAUGACAUUCCCAGUGCAAUCCAGGUGCUUGUUGCUGGAGAACAAUUCUCUCAACAGAAUGGAUCAGAGUACAUGAGGUGAACUUACUGUAGCUACAGUAGAAUGAUUAACCUUUCUUUUUUAUUAAGUACCAUAUAUUAACUUAUAGUUUUUUCAGCAGGGGUGUAACUUCUAGGUGUGUGUGUGUGGGGGGGGGGGGGACAAAAGCCAGAACUCCCUUUUCAAAUGCCAGAACUCCCCUUUCAAAUGCAAGAACUCCCUUUUCAAAUGCCAAAACUCAGUUUUCAAAUACCAGAACUCCCUUUUCAAAUGCCAGAACUUCCUUUUCAAAUGCCAGAACUCCUUUUUCAAAUGCCAAAACUCAGUUUUCCAGGGCUGCAAGUAAAUAUUUGACUUGACAGGACAUUUGUCCGAUCAGUUUUAAUUUUUGUCGGACAUAACUUGAAUUUGGUCGGACAUAUUUACGUCACAAGAUAUAUAUAAGUCACAAGACAAGUAUGUAUAGCCAUUCCGGUGCAACGUUAAGUAAAAUGCUAGAAUGCCUCAUAAAUUUUAUUGCAAAAUGCAAAUUGACUGAAUUUGCAAUCAGAUUUUGUCACAGCAAAAAAAUGUAUAAUGUGACAAUGUAUUUUUUUGAUCGGACCAAUGUCCGAUCAAAAUUACUUUUGCUCGGACAUUUGCCAAAUUUAGUCGGACAUUGUCUGAUGUCCGACAGUAAUUUGCAGCCCUGGUUUUCAAAUGCCAGAACUCCCUAGUUUUCAAAUGCCAGAACUCCCUUUUCAAAUGCCAAAACUCCCUUUUCAAAUGCCAGAACUCCCUUUUCAAAUGCCAAAACUGAGCUUUCAAAUGCCAAAACUCAGUUUUCAAAUUGCCAGAACUACCUUUUCAAAUUCCAGAACUUCGUUUUCAAAUGACAAAAUUCCCUUUUCAAAUGCCAAAACGCCGUUUUCAAAUGCUAAAACUUUGUUUUCAAAUGCCAGAACUCCCUUUUCAAAUGCCAAAACUCCGUUUUCAAAUGCCCAAACUCCGUUUUCAAAUGCCAAAACUCAGUUUUCAAAUUGCCAGAACUUCUUUUUCAAAACCAGAACUCCUUUUUCAAAUGCCAAAACUCAGUUUUCAAAUGCCAAAACUCAGUUUUCAAAUGUCAAAACUCAGUUUUCAAAUGCCAAAACUCCGUUUUGAAAAGCCAAAACUCCCUUUUCAAAUGCCAAAACUGAAUUUUCAAAUGCCAAAACUACCUUUUUCAAAUACUAAAACCCUGUCUUCAAGUGCCAGAACUCCGUUUUCAAAUGCCAGAACUCCGUUUUCAAAUUCCAGAACUCCCUUUUCAAAUGCCAAAACUACCUUUUCAAAAGCCAGAACUCCAUUUUCAAACAUUGCUAAAACUCCGUUUUCAAAUGCUAAAACUCUCUUUCCAAAUGCCAUAACUCUCGUUUCAAAUUCCGAAACUCAGUUUUCAAAUUGGCGAACUACCUUUUCAAAUUGCCAGAACUCCAUUUUCAAAUGCCAAAACUCGGUUUUCAAAAGCUAGAACUCCAUUUUCGUUACGUUAUAUACGUCCUUACGGCCCUGGUUUUUAGUUCUUUAAUUAAUACAAUAAAUUUUCUGAUAUAUUAUAACCAUAUUAAAAUAAUAUAUUCAUUUUCAGAUGCUUGUUUAUCUUGAGCCGAGUUUUGGUAUGUGAUAUAAUGUUAAUGCUCGACAUUUUCCCCUUGACGAGUAAAAUCCUCUGGCAUUAGACAGAGUAUGACUAACUAUGGGAUAUUAGGACGAAUUGCUGCAUCAUGAUUCAAAAGAAGAUCUACAGUAUAUGGCAUGCACAUAAAUGUAGUUGGCUUAACCCAUUGAGUGGCAGCACUCUCCACUUGACGAGUCAAAUCGUCUGGCCGUGGCGUUAGACAGGAUAAAAUACUAAAGUAGGGCGCAUCAGGGUGCAAGUGCAUUGCCACUUGAAGGGUUUAAUAACCCAUAUAGAAAGUAAUAUUUGUCUGGAUAUAGAUUAAUGACAUGAAAUAUUAUCUUCUGUCUGUAUCUGUCAUUGCAACUGUGGUUGAAACUAUACUGUAGCCCCACCAACAAUUUUUCAUUCAAGUCCUGUGUCUUCAAGCAGUUGUUGUACAAAUGAUGAACAGGGUCUUCCUCAUCAAUGGUCACUGGUUUUCCAGUUAAUAAUUACUGAUGCAAUACAUCUUUCCAUGUGCAAUACAUUGCCUGGUAAACUGUAGUCUGUAUUGCUUGGCAUUGUAGAAAGUUCCUUUUUCAUUUUUGUGCGAAUUACACUAAGAUGUUAAUUUUUUGAUAACUUUUCUCUUGUUAGUAUUUACUGGUGCUACAAGAUUACAAUCAGGCGUCAAUGUUGUUGGGAAACUUCGGUCCUUAUUUGGAAGUUUGGCGAGGUCCCCCAGUACAAGUGGAACACGUCAGGAUAUUUUAUCUUGCUUUACAAACUUGGUUUGGCAUUGCGUCUGGUCAGGUACAGAAACACUAUAUUCAUUUUCUUUAAAAAAGAAAACCUUCUGCUAUAGUCUGGCUUUCAUAAACUGGCAUGACUGGCAAUGUUGUGAGAAAUAAACCUGACCACAUACUGAAUGCCAUCAUUCUUCUACCAUACAGCCAAAAACAAUGAGAGCAUAUAUGAAACAACUCCAGCAAAGUAUUCAGAUGAUCACCACGCUUGAACCAAUGGAAGGUACAGUAGCCUAGCUAGUUUCCAGGGCUCAAAAUAACGAUUCAUGUUACGCAGGUCAUGGUGACAGGUCAGUUCCAUUGUGAUCGGUCAAAUGCGAUUCCUGACAGGUCAACUCCUACGAGACCCCACGAAUACUCGCCUCCCUGCAACGCAUUGCUUACUCAAUGUAUUAAGCAACGAUCAAAUUUCAUCUCGCGGCGCUCUUAACUUCAGUUGUGACUGUCGAUUCUGUUGAUGCCGAGAUGCACGCAGUAUAAUUAUAACACAAUUAAAGGUUUUUAAAAAUAUAAACUUCGUCAUAUCUUAAUUUGGUCUAUUAUAAGUUAUCUGACCAGCAGUUGGCAUAAGAAAUUCAACAACUUAAAUUGGAAUAAAAAGUUUAAUACGAAGAAAAUCCUUACAUGAUAUUUAACGGGUCCACAUGCAACAGCAUAAAAAUCAAUCUCGUUCCCAGAGCCAAAAUGGCCGCUGUAAUUGGCAAUAGCUGUUGUGGUUUCCCAGCCAAUGAAUGUAUAAGUAUGAUGGCAAAGUAAAUAAAUAAAUAUAAUGAUAUACCCUCAAAAAAAAAAAAAAAAAAAAAAAAAAAAUGUGGUCGGUCACUAUGACCGACAUCAUACAAAUUUGACCGGUCAUAUUAAAAAUGUGGCCGGUCAUUGUCUCAUUGACCGUUAUUUUGAGCCCUGGUUCUGUCUGAUGGUAGGCUAUGUAGUAACCAAACAUAUUAUGCAGUGUUUUUUUUUUUACAUUUUGGGGACUCUUAGUACAGUACAGACAGUACUGUACAUGAACAAUCUGACUAUUUGCACCAUGUUUUUCUGUGCAGGAGCAAAAGUCCCAGAAUAUGAGAAGUUUCAGUGGCUUCCUGUUGAUCAUCUUUGCAUCAUAGUUUAUUUGGUAUGUUGCUUACUUUAUAAAACUUUGAGCUACCAAACAGUUGUUAAUAUGCCCUGGGUGUAUCAUUUAUACUUGUGUAUUAUCAGUAUUUAUAGUAGUGGUUUUGGUGUUAAUUUGACAUACAGUAUGUUUUUCUUGAUCAUAGCUAACUGUCAUCCAUUGUAUCCAAGCGGGCCAUAUUGCCAAGUCGCUAAAAUACAGUGAAAAAGCAUUAGGAAAAAUAGCUUCUUUAAAAGGUACAGUACAACAAAAAUUCUUUUUGAGAAUACAAUUGGAAAGUACACUUGGAAUACAGAAAUUUUAAAAAUUGUGUAUAAAAUGAAUCAUGGUAGUUUUGAUUGUUGUACGUCAAAAUGGAACUGGUCAUAACAGAGUUAUAUGUACACAUUAAUUAUUUGUUUAUUGUCUUAUUUUUGUUUCAUUUAGAAAAGCAACCAAGUCAUUUGCUUUCUGUAUUUGAACUCAUGUUAUUGGAAAAUGUGAUUGUCACACACGUUAUUGAAGGGCAGUCGAAUCAUGCCAUCAACAAGGUGAAUAUUCGCUAUAGAUUAGCACGAUUCAUAGACGGCAAUAAUUGUUUAUUUAACUUUUUAUUAUUGUAUUUUAGAUAGCGUCUGCUUUCCGCGUUUGUACCCCAAGGCUUCUGAAUACCCACAGUGCAAUGUUACACACACUACUGGUAAACAUUCUUAUUUUUAUUAAUCUAAUAAUUAAGAAUGAGGUUAUUUGGGGUUUUUUAGUUCUAACAUUGUCAAGCAUUUGAUAUGAUGCUGGGAAAUCCGAAAUUCAGAAUGCAGAUCAUAUGAUAUGGCGCGAACUAUCAAUUUUUCAUUUUGAUACUUGGCAAAAAUGAACUCCAGAAUUGAAAUCGUCAUGCUCAAAUUAUUCUAAUGAGUAAUGAUAUCCAAAUGUUUCAGCAGCAGCAAAUUCCAUUCAAACAUAUACAAAAAAAGCAAAUAUUUAAAACGUUGUUACUCGCGACCUAACUGUCCAAACAACGUAAAAUUUUCGGCAUAGACUAGUUUAAGAAAAGUCGAUUCUGGGAUCCAUUUUCGGCAAAGGUCUGCAAAAUUAAUUACGCUAACUCGGAUUGGAGAAUAUAGAGUAUCGAUGAAUAUAGAGAUAUCAAUCCCUUCAUUAUAGGGCUUGUACUCAAUGUCCAUGAAUCAAAUGGAAUUUGCAGAGUUCCAAUUCAGAGUUGCACUUAGGGUGAGUAAUGAUUUAUCUUCCACUGAAAUAUACAGUACACCACACAUACUAAUGAUGUGUUCUUUUUGUUCUUGUAGGCUUGUCAUAACACCGAACAAUAUUCGUUAAUUGCAUUGAAUCUUUGUGUUGUCUAUAUCAGAAUGGGAGAAUCUCGUAAAGCGAAGGUACUUGAAUAUAUUUUCUUAACCUGAAAUUAGAGAGAUCAAACGAUAAUUUUCCUACAUCUUAGUAUCUAUAAUAAUUAUUAUGAUUUCAGCUUGAAGAGUUAAUACAAAACUUUUCAAAUCCUGACAGGGCUUCGUUGAGGUAAGUUGAAAAAAUGUUUUUACAACAUGUUAAACUUUUCAGAUAAAUAGAUUAUUGUAUAAAACACAGGUCUAGCAAUAUGCUAGCAAGCUAUCACUACAUCAUGGGACUGAAGUCUUUCUUUGAAGCGAAAUACCAGGACGCGAGGUAAGAUCUUCACUUAUCAUUCUCGUUCCAAGCCUACCGUGUCCACACCUCGCAUACUUCCCUCUGGAGAACUCCGUCAAUCACGGAGAAUAAUUUCGUGUUUUCUUGUAUCCCCAGGCGCUAUUUACGUGAAACACUAAAAAUAUCAAACGCGGAAGAAUCGCACAGAUUAACAGCGUGUGCUUUGAUACUAUUGGGACACACGUUUCUUAAGAAUGGAAAUUUAAAGGUACGAGUAUUUCAUUGUCUCAUCUAUAUAGUGAACGAUCUUUUACCUCUAUGACCGAGGUUCCAUUUCCGCAAUAUACAGUUGUCUCAUUAUAAUUUCACCUCAGUCACAUGUGAGAAGAGUGCGUCCAGUUUGACUCUACCAAACCCCACAGGUUUUCUCUGAAAUACCGUGUUAUCCUCCUGUAGUAUCACUGGAUCAAUAAGAGAUGAUCCUUAAUGGACCUCUAGGAAGAACAGUUUAGAACUGAUAGAACUAUCCAGUAUAAAUAAAGUUAGUUUAGUUUAGGUUUCCUCCUGUAGUAACACUGGAUCAAUAAGAGACGAUCCUGACUGGACCUCAAGGAAGGACAGUUUAGAACUGAUAGAGCUAUCCAGUAUAAAUAAAGUUAGUUUAGUUUAGGUUUCCUCCUGUAGUAUCACUAGAUCAAUAAGAGAUGAUACUUACUGGACCUCUAGGGAGAGAGUUUAGAACUGAUAGAGCUAUCCAGUAUAAAUAAUUUUUGUUUAGUUUAGGUUUCCCCCUGUAGUAACACUCGAUCAAUAAGAGAUGAUCCUUACUCGACCUCUAGGAAUAACAGUUUAGAACUGAUAGAGCUAUCCAGUAAAAAUAAAGUUAGUUUAGGUUUCCUCCUGAAGUAACACGUACUGGAUCAAUAAGGGAUGAUCCUUACUGGACCUCUAGGGAGGGUUGUUUAGAACUGGUAUGCUGUAGCUAUUCAGUAAUAUACAGUUAGUUUAAUUUAGUGCUGUGAAGACUAAUUUUAUGAUCCUCAAAAUGAUGUUACCAUUCAAUUUAAUUGAUGAUUUCUUGCCACAGGAAGCGCUGGACAUGGUUAAACCUGGAAUGCAAAUGGCAGAAAAGAUGCCAGAUGCAUAUAUUCAGUUGUGGGGCGCUUCUCUGCUAAGAGGUAUGACUGUUUACUAGUUUUACUGCAGCUGAUGUUAGAGACCUGACGAUUUAGGACGGCAACGCGGCGACAACGGUUACCAAUACAAUAAAUCAUUGAAAAGAAUUGAAUAAUUACAAUAUAUGUAUAAUUUAGACAUUGUCCUUCGUUCUGUUUACAACGCCAAAUCACAGAUUUUCACGUGUUGAUACAACGGCUGCUUUUCAAGCCGCAACAAGUGCAACUUCAAACUGGGUUCAGUAGAACUCUUCCCAACCAUAAAACCCAUGUCUUCAACUUUUAUGACUGUAUUAAAUUCAUACGAUUGAUAAUAUACUACCAUUUAUUUGAAGGAGUUUGUUUUGGCCGUCAUCGUCGCGUUGACGUCCUAUAAUCGUAAGGUCUCUUUUGGCGGAAUUGAACGGCACUUAUCGGAGACUUUGAUCAUUCUUAUUUUUAGAUUUAUAUCGGCAUAUCGGAGAUCACACGAGAGAAUCCGAAUCAUUUCAGAUACAUAGCGGUUUCACGAAGAAACUUCUCAGCAGUAAGUAAAUGGCCACUGCACACGCGUAAGAAUCACGCAUCUUGUAGCAAGUCUGCCAAGAAGCCGUCAACAAGUUGCGUUCACACCCAGGUGAUCUUGAUACGCGGAAAACUACUGGCACUAGUUGUCAAAUAGAAAUCCAUUUUAUGAUUAAAACAACUGAAUAUCUCCUGUAAUAUACUUUAUUUUGAUUCCAUAUUUUUGUCAGAGCUAUAGUUCUCAUAACCAAACAUAAUUACAAAAUUUCAACUAGUUUCAUAAAGAAUCAUGAAAGAUAUAAUUGAUUGAAUACAUCAAAAUGGAUUUCUAUUCGGACAACCCUUUCUGAGCGCUGAUUGGCUAAAAUACGAACACGAGAUCACCUGGACUGCUUGUCCCAAGUUGUCAACAAGUUUGGAACAAGCUUGUUAACAACUUAUAUCAACCUUGUUGGUACUAUCAGACUUGUUGCAAGGUUGUUCCAACAAGUCCGAUACAGUCAUGAUAUAACAAUAUUGUUACAACCUUGUGUCGUCAAUCUUGUGACGUUCUCGUUAUAUCAUGACUGUAUCAGACUUGUUAGAACAACCUUGUAACAAGUCUGAUAAUGCCAUCAAGCUUGUUCCAGACUUGUUACAACAACUACAAACAAGUAGUGUAACAACAGAUUUGUAACAACUUGUUCGCAGACCUGUAAUAACUUGUGCGUUUUUACGUCUGUAUAGCACAGAAAAAUACAAAUAAAUAAGUUGUAAUUACAAGACUACACACAUAAAAACGCACAAGUUGUUACAGGUUUGCAAACAUGUUGUUACGAUAUGUUUGUGAUGUUACUCUGAGUGCAUAUCCACACCGGGCGAGCUUGAAAAAUAUGCCCGGCCACGGUCGGAUACGAACCUACGACCUUUGGAAUACUAGCCCAAUGCUCUUCCAACUGAGCUACGCGGUCAGGACGGUUCGAGCAAAUGAUAUUUCGGAUAUAUUAUUGUUGUUACGAAUCUGUUCACACACUGUCGACAGGUUGUGUUCGCACUGCUUGUUCCCAGAUGUUGUAACAAGUUUGGGAUAAGCUGUUAACAACUUGUAACAAGCUUGAUGGUAUUAUCAGACUAUGAUUUUUCUGUGUUGGUGUUGUGUACUCAGGUGAAUAUGAUAUUUGUGAUGUUACUCUGAGUGUAUAUCCACACCGGGCGAGCUUGAAAAAUAUGCUCGGCCACGGUGGGAAUCGAACCUAUGACCUUUGGAAUACUAGCCCAAUGCUCUGCCAACUGAGCUACUGUACGUAUUAUAUUAUUAGAUUACAUUGAUAUCGAAGGAACUAGAUUUUGUUCCGAAAUAUCACAUACUCGAAUCGACCUGACCACAUAGCUCAGUCGGCAGAGCAUUGGGCUAGUAUUCCAAAGGUCGUAGGUUCGAUUCCCACCGUGGCCGGGCAUAUUUUUCAAGCUCGCCCGGUGUGGAUAUACACUCAGAGUAACAUCACAAAUAUCAUUAUCAGACUAGUUACAAGGUUGUUCUAACAAGUCUGAUACAGUCAUGAUGUAACAAGAAUGUUACGAGGUUGACGACACAAGGUUGUAACAGUGUUGUUAUAUCAUGAAUGUUUCGGACUUGUUGGAACAACCUUGCAACAUGUCUGAUAAUAUUAACAAGGAUGUUAUUUCUGUAUUUAUACCUAUAAGUACUGUAUUUCUGAAUUGCGAUGUUGUUUACAAUGUUUAGGUCAUGGUGAAGCGAUUCAGAGCAAAGAACAUAAACUCAUUGAAGUAAGUCUUUAUUGAAAGAUUUAAAACUUGAUGGUUCGAUUUAGCUAAUCGAGCCAACUUAACAAAUGUAUCUUCUAUUGUUUUUCAGUGGCACAAAGGGUUGCCAAAUCUUCCAGCACAAGAAGGAACAUCACAGGGUGCUAGUGGAUACCAGGCUACACAACAACCUUCAACGAGUAAGAUGAUGCAUCAUCAAACAUAAUAUUCGCGAAAGUGAUCCCUGGUUAGUGCGUGCAGUAGAUGAGAAUGAAGAAUUCAAUGCUUUGCUAUUGUGAUAAUAGAGGACUCUGGAUACAUCGAUUCUGGCAAAGUAGCCAAAUGGUUAGGACCAUGUGAAUACCAUGCUCAUCUCAACUCUGGUUGAAACUUGACAUGAUGGUCAAAUCAAUAUCGUGAACAGAGAUGAGUUUUAUGGUGAGUGGAGAUGAAUAGCCGAUCAUGGUUGAGUCACCUGUCAAAAAAAUACUUCAAUCUUGUACAAUCUACAGAGUAAGAUAGAUAGACCAUAGACAAUAUUGUUGAAUCUCGUUGUUUUGGGUUUUUAUCCGGACCGUUUUUACCAGAAUGUGUAUGAUAGUAUAGAUUUUUAACAAAGUCUGUUUUCAGCUGUAUAUAUAGUGUAGAUACUGCGGAUAAAAAUGUCCAAAUAUACCGAAUAUGAUUGUGAUGAUAUUUUUUCUCAAAAUUCUUCCAACAUAGCCGAAUAAAGACAGGAGAAAAUAAGCUUUAUUAAUCUCAGUCUGAUAAGACUUUUCCAUCCGGUACAAAGUGAUACUCGCAGUGAUAAUGAUAACAGAGUUGUAUUGUACACGGUACAGUAAGUCCUUUGUGGGUUUGUAUGGAAUAUAUGAAUUGCUUUCAUAUAUGAACACCAUUCAUUUGCCUAAGCUUUUCAUCUAUUACUGUAAUUAAAGCCCGGAGCUGCAUCAGUGCAAUAAAGCAAGAAUUAAAAUAUUGUCUUGUAUGGAUUAAAGAAUAAAGGUCUUGGCUGAUGAGUAAUGGCCGGCGGCUUACGGAUCAAAAGCUUUGUCGGAUUUUGCCAAAUGAAUAAAUUGGAAUAAAGUUUUGCACAAAAAAUAAAUUAGAGUUGUGUUAUAUGGUGAAAUAUAACACAACUCUAUAAUAUAGCACAAAUUUGCUUCACAAGAAUACUGCGAACACAUCUUUUCAACGCUUGACUUCGCUAUCGUCUGCCAAAUAGAUUUCAACUUUUCUAAUAUGCAUAUCAUUAUCAACUAUAAUGCACUGAACUCAUUAAUUUGUUACAUCUUUGAUUGGUGCUAAGUUGUUUCGAACGGCAGCUGAUUUUGUAGCGAAUCUCUCAUUGGCUGUUAUGAUACACAGUAUCACACGUUUAUGCCAUUUGAGAGUUUUUUUCCAACAAUUAACAACCUUAACAGGCGUCUUUUGUUACUGGUUGAAAUGGCAAUGAUCUAAAAUUGCCUCAGUACUCCAGUGCAAUAUAACAAUAUUGUUAUUCAAGUGCUAAGCCACAUACUGGAUUGUUUGUCGUUGCACUAAUUGCCACACAUUCCAUUUCCGGAUUUUUGAUCAUGUGACAUCAUCUCAUUUUACAUAAAGGUGUGUAAUUUGGCAUGAUGUUAUAAAACAUGACGAGUGUGUACGUAGUUGACUCCAUAAAAUGGUCCUGCAUUUCGUUGGAAUGUACCCUAUUCUCAAAUCACAUUUUGCCAGAUAAAUUUCUGGAAACAAGUUUUACCUGUGCCCGUUCUCGUAAAAAGACGAUUAUGUAAUUCGGUCCGCAGUAACUGUCGUGAUCAACCAUUCGUAAAACUAGCUGUUCGUUGCAGAAAAACUAAAACCUUGUCGUAAAGAAUAUUUAUGCAUAUGGUAUGAAACGAGGUUUUGCAAGGGUACCGCAUAUUUUUACGUCUAUGACUAUAGUGAACGCCGGGUCUGUAUUUGAUUGUUAUAGGAGGUGCAGUGUGCACAAUAAUAAUUGUUAGGUGGGUUAGGGUUGUGGGUCGUGGGACAUUGCGAAACUAUUGUUUGCGUUUAUUCUACAACCAGAACUGUCAUUGGCCAACGUGAUUUACCGAAGGUACUAAUAAAGAAUUCACGUUUUCAUUGGUUCUUGCAAAUCAGACACGCGGAGAGGCAACGGUCUUAUUGACAAAUACCGAUUGUAUUGUGUGCGCAUCUGCCAAUAGGAGUGAUGCAAUUGGGUGACGUCAUCACUGUAGGAGUGAUACCACCUGUCUGGAUCUGGUUUAAACCGGUUUGUUAUCAAACUUGUCAAUCAUAUCGGGAAUGAGCCGUUGCCAUGGCGACAGCAAUGUUCGGGCUCUGUCGUCUUCAAUUUGAUUGGUUCACGCGAGAGUGCACUUCCUAAUAAGGUUAUGGUCGGGUACGGUCGUAAUAUCAAAGAAACAAGGGUUUUUCAGCAGGAACGAUCGUGCUUUGAUCCCACCCUCGGCAAGGGACUUUGUUUCAACUUUGCUAGAUUUUCAACCUUCGUCGACAAAAUUCUCAAGGAAACAGGUUAAAGGGACCGCGUGGGUUUAAAAUUCGAGGUAAGAUGACCUAUUGCCUUUUUCCUUUAAUGUUGAAUCGAGCUUGAACAUCUUCACUGGUUGUUGUUUCAUCAAAAUUAAACAGUAUUUUUAAUAUUCAUUCAAUGGCUUCGCUUUUUCGAUUACACAAUGGCCGCGGGAAGACAAGUUGAAUCGAACUCGGCGUCUCAUUGGUUUGUGCCGGCUCUGUGUUGGUUUGUUCGACUUUAAAACGUCGCUCGUACGUUUAUCUUUCAGACAUUGAACAGAAGUGUUUUAAUAAAGCCCUGAUUGAGACUGAUUUCAAGACAUAACAGGGACAGUUGUGGAAGGCCGAGGACAUUCGUACCACGGUCUCCGCACGUCACUCGUACCGCUCGGCCCUGACGUGUCAAAACUUGAAAUUUUCAACCCAUAUCACUCCCAAAGGUACUGAAAUAACAACUUUUCAAAUAGCUACAACUUUAUUUCGCUAGAAGUGCUAAAAACUAGCUUAGGAAGAGAAAUUUGGAGGCAUUUUCACAGAUGCAAUUGUCUUGAAAUUGCCGCCAUGUUUGAGCAAUAUGGCGUCAGCAGCGUGGUCGAAGAUUUUCAGAAACGCAUGUCAGAAUUUUCAAAUUGAUAAAUAAACAAGUUCCUGUUGCAUUUUUUACUAAAAUGUGUGAAAUUUUUCAUCAAUGUUCAGUUCUGAACUAAAAGUCCAAGAAAAUAAGUAAAUUUAUUAGUUAUUAUAAUUCAUGAUUUCUAUUUUUAGCCAAGAUUAUCAAUAAUCGACAUGUUGAUUUUUUUGUUAGAACAGUAAUCAAAAUGUCCACAGAAGUUACUGAAAGUUCUAAAAGGAAGCGAGAAACUGCCGAUGAUGAAACACCUGAGAAUAUGUCAACUGAGCAAACGACUGAUAAAAAUGAUGCGAUAGAUAAUAAAACUGAGUAAGUGUUUUUUAUCAUGUUUAUCGAUGAAUGUUUUGUCAUGUAAGGAAUAUACGUUUGUCUCAUCGAUAUUGUUUUACGUUGAGAACAUUGCAAACCUCUCUUUGGUGCGGGAGCCUCGUUCUCAUGAACCGUGAGCGAAUAGCCUUGCGUCUUGAUUCAAACGAGCGAGAAGCACCCAGGUCAAGGAAGUAUACAUGACGUAUUAUCAAAGGGAUGUAAAUAUUGUGUUUGCAGUAGGUUCUACAGGGGCUAGUGAUCUACCGAUAUUCCUAUAACCGAUAUAGUUCUAAGCCUGACACCAGUAUACCUUGAAAUUCACAAAUGUUAUUUGGACUUAUUGUAGAAACGUCAUCAUAACUAUAAGUUGAGAGUAACCGGUUAAUUAUGCAUUAACACUUAUCAUAAUGUAUACAUUGAUAACAUCUUUGAAUAUGGUUAUAUAUCCAUAUUGACAUAUUCGGGCCGGCGCAUCCACCUGUAUAACCCAACUAGCUUCUUUGCCGAGAUGAAUGCCGUAAAUUUUUUCAGACAGGCCAGAGCAAUUGUUGUUGAUAGUCUUAAUCAUGAAAAAAUAAGUGUGUACAUUUGCUUGUUAGGCCUGCUUUGUACAGCAUACUACGAGCGCACCGAACCAAUUUUUAAAUUGCUCUGGCCAGUCGUGUUAAUAGCACACAUUUGAAUUUAUACGUAACAUGUCUAAGCAAACUAAUGUAAUAGAACUAAAGACCUCAGUACAAGUGUAAUAAAUUAUAUUGAAAUUAUACACAAUUUCAUAUAAUGUGGUUCAUUGUUGGUGCUUAAAGCAAGGACAUGCUUUCAUUUUGAUACACGAAUGAACCCAGGAAUACAUAAACAUAUCAGGCCUUAAAAUAUCGGUCGGUCACGGACAUUGUCCGACCCAUUCGUUAAAUUGUCCGACGUAGAGAGGAAACCACCGGACAUUCUGUCCGACCUAAGUGAAACUGAGGUUUAUUGUUUGUCCGACCCGAGUGUAUUGGUGUCCGACCGAACUGUAGCUUCGUCCGACGUAAAUCAAAAUGUACCCUAGCCCAGGACUAGAGGCUUGUAUGUUAAAUGGAAAAUCAGAGUACUAUUGUAUAAAAGGUGAACUGGAAAUGUUGUUUUAACAGUAUGAAAGAAACAAAUUAUUUAAUAUCUUUACAACAUUUACCGUUUAUUCAUUUGUGUCAUUCAGACUUAUUUCCGAGUCAAAACUGAAUUGAAGGUCAUCGGACAUAUGUCCGACGCAAACUCAACGUCACCGGACAUUUUGUCAGACGGCCCUGUAAAAGAUAUUUUAAGGCCUGCAUAUCAACCUAUUUUUGAUCUGCUGUAUGCAUACUCACCAGGGGCCGGUUGUUCAAUGCUGGGUUAGCACUAACCCUGGGAUAAAAUUUAACUUGCUGUUUUAGUUUGUGUAUUUCUACACGUCUGUUUAUUUCAAAACUUCAGAGAAGAAAACUCCUAUUGAUCCAGACAAGAUCUCUGAAGAAAUAUGUCCAAAUUUAUAGGCAAGCUGUCAGGAAGUUUGCUUUAAAUUUUAGGUAACCUAGGGUUAAGCUAACCCAGCUUUGAACAACUGGCCCCAAUACGUUUCGGUAUGACACAUAGCCUUCAAUCCAGAACCUGGCCUUAAUUGGUAUUGUUGAAAAGAGGUUGAAAUUUUCACAGAACGUCAGAGCUUCCUUUCUGGCUACAGGAAUGCAUGCACACAGUGUUGCUCAUAUUAGAGAGGAAUUGCUUUUUAAUUUUCAAAAUGUUAAUUAGGCAAUGUUCUUACAGUAUGAAAAUUUGUCAACAGCCAACUGAAAAGCUGAUCUCUUACUAACCCUUUUAAAUAAUUUUCAGUUCAUUGUUUUAUGAAAUAUAAAGAAAACAUGAACUUUUUUGCUUUGUAGAGCAACUGAGGAAUGUACAAAGGCACCCUCUUCUAAACGAACAAAAGAAACAGAUUCAGAAUCUGACUCAGAUUGCAUAUCCCAAGAAGAUCUUCUUGCACAACUGGGUCUCAAUUCUGUCAAGAAACUUCAAGCGGUUGAGCCAGAUCCAAACAGAGUUAUCGAACCUGAGCCACCCAAACAAUCUAUCCUGGAUCUUUUGAAGCAACCGUGUUCAAGAAAGGUGAUGCCGUCUGCUGCCCUGCCGAACAAGGAGAAGCCACUAACCAACGGUAGUUUUCCCGAAGCUCCAGAGGACGUUGAAAAUAUCGAAAGCAAAGAGAGAUUAAUUCUACGUUUGCAAAAUAAUUUACGGAACGAGGAGGCUAAACUGAUGUUGUUAAGAAAGUUGUAUACAUGUCAAAAUGAGAAAGUAGCCAAGGAGACGAACCCUGUCAGGACAGGCGCUGUUACACUAGCAACAACAACCCAAGCCCAGUCUAAUACAACCACGAGUCAGAGAAAGACGGCAGUGGCAGCUUCUUCUCAGAAACAGCAGCAACAGCAGAAGGCACAGAAACAGGUGACAAAAUUAGUACAAAAAGCAAAGCCUCAACCUCCCAUCCUGGUGCAAAAACCACCACAGCCAAACGUUCCUGCACUUCAGCCACGUGUGGUAUUUUUAAGCCAACCGCGUGGACCACAACCUGUCAUCAUUGCUCCUAAGCUUGUCCCUGUCCCAGAUGCAAAACGUGACAGUCGACAAAUGAAAGUACAAAUGGUCAGCCCUGCUACGACUAAACCAUCUUCCAAAUCUCACGUGCAGCCUCUUCCCCCUACAGCAGUCUAUGCCCACAACUCUUCUGUUUCAACCUCGAAGCGGCAGGCUAUCCAUGUGGAUAAAGGCCGCCCGGCUGAAAAUGGUCUACCAAAAACAAUUAAGAAAAUGCGUAGUCCACCCACACCUGAGCAAUCGCAUGCGGAAGCCAAAAUGGCGCUUCGUAAACAACUUGAAAAGACGCUACUCGAAAUUCCCCUUCCCAAACCGCCUGUUCAGGAUUGGAACUUUGUUCCGAGUGUAAAUACCCAGGAUUUUACAAUACUUAUUGGCUUAGAAGGUGUCGUGAAUCACAUAAUAGAAUCCCAAGCGAAGGACGUAGACUCGGCAAAGAUUUUCACCGCACCGAAAUUUUGUUCGCAAUGCGAUACUGACUUCACACCAGGGUGGAGAAUAAAGGCGAAGGAUGUAAGCGUAAACGAGGACACGUUAUGUGAAUCGUGCUACACGCAGAAGAUAAAAAAGACAUUGAAAACGGAACACACAACACGGUUGAAAGACGCUUUUAUGAAAGCGUUAAAACAAGAACAAGAGGUGGAGAAGAAGUUUCAAUUAUCUGGAGCGUCCGUGUCGACUGUAGGGAAAACAAGUGCAACAGUUAAACCGCAACCCGUACGCGUUUCAUCCGCACACCAAGCUAUCCAUCCGCCACCCGCACGCAUCGUCUACCACCCGGUACAUUCCAUACCACAGCCUCAAGUUUAUCAGCCACAUCCCUCCAUAGUACAUCAACUACAGCAACAACAGUUGCAACAACAGCAUCAAGAAUUAGACGGUCCGCAUCGGCAGGAGCCCGCGCGGUACUUCACCUACGUUGGUCAGCCCCAACCAAAACAACGGCAUAAUUAUACAACUGAAAACGAUAGACAACGGGAAUAUCUAUUAGAUAUGAUCCCCUCGUCAAGAAGUUAUCGGAUAUAG